UUAAUCCACUUGUAUCUGCAUAUUGAUCGGUGCUUCAAAAAUGUGUAAUAAAAUCCAGUUGCUGUUACUGCUCGUUGUGUGCUGCAUGGCGAUUAUAACAGCUGCGCAGGAGGAAGGCGGUUCUUGUGGCGAUAAUGAGGAGUUCAGAAGCUGUGGGAGCACCUGUCCACCCAAGUGUAGUGACGGUGAUGAGCAAAUGAUGUGCAGCCAACGCUGUGUACCUGGAUGUCAAUGUAAAAGUGGUUACUUAUUGAACUCUACUGGACAGUGUGUGGAACAAGAAAACUGUUAGAUGAUAAUUACACAAGCAAUAGCAAGAGGGAUAAUUUUCAAAUUGGCACAAAAUAUAUCAGUUAAAUGAAGUAUAAAAGACAAACACUGCCUAAUCGCGGCCCGUUCCUUUAACGAAACUCGACUAUAAAAUUUUAACACAUAUACAACAAAUUGCACCUAUUGGAUUCUGGGAGUUGGAUCUUCUUAUUUUUAUAUGUAUUUUUGAUGCAAA